UGAAAAGGGUAAGGUCCAAGUUGGGAGUUCAGAAACCCCUCGCCUCCAGCUUAUAUCCAUCCAUAUAUAUAUUUAUAAGAAUCCAAAUUUCCAGAUCAGAGAACAAUUUAAAUCCAUGAAACGUGAAAAAAUCAAAAUGAAAAAAAGGCAAGAAAAUCGGAGAAGAAAAGAAUAAAAAAAGGCGAGAAAAGUCUCCUUCUUCUACUCCAAUCGUAGACCCACAACGUGAACAGCCAAAACCUACAUUUUCCCCUCUGGAAAAAAUAUACAAAAAAAAAUCUUUUGUUUUGUUUAACUUCUGUUCCUUGUAACCCAAGCAUCGAAUAGUUGCCGAUUUGAACCUGCGUAAUGUGUUUUUUGGACAACGAUUAAGGAAGCAAAAGGAAGUUCAAAGGGGCGAAGGAUUGUUUUUGUUUUCGUUUUACCAUUCUCAUUUUCAUUUUUUUUGCUAAUUUUUAUCGGUUGAUGAAGAAGCAUCGUCGAUGGCUGAGGAUUGUGAUCCUCUCGUUGCUCUCUUUCUCUGUACUAGCUCCAAUCAUGCUGGUCUCUCUCGGACUCAAAACCCUCACUUCCAUUGCAGGCAAGCGGGAGUUUAUUGAGGAUUUGGCCAGUAUUAAACAUAGGGCAGAUAAUUUGAGAUUUAAUGCAGUUGAGCAGGAAAGUGCCGAGGAAUUAAAAGGUCCAAAACUUGUUUUCAAAGAGAAGGAUUUUAGCUCUGUAGUUAGUCACAGUUCUGAUGAGAAUCAUAAUUUGUACCAAUCUGGGAAUGCUCCAAAUGCGUCUAAAUUGUUAGAAACAAGUGAGUCUGAAAUUACUCAUGAAGGAAAAGACGAGCAUCAAAUUCAGCAGAAGAUCAAACUCGUGAACUCCAGGAAAAAGGAGCAACCCAAUCAAGAAAGAGUCAAACGUGAUCAACAUUUGCACAACCAAGAGAGAAACAGACAUGACCAGCAUUUGCACAAUCAAGGAAGAGGCAGACGUGAUCAGUAUCUGCAGUCUCAGUCACACGUGGAAGUGGAUGAGAAGAUAAAUCUGAUGAGAGAUCAGAUCAUUAGGGCAAAAGCAUAUUUAAAUUUUGCACCACCAAAUAGUAACUCUCACUUAAUUAAAGAGUUGAGAACGCGAAUCAAAGAGGUUGAACAAGCAGUCGGUGAUGCCUGCAAGGAAUCUGAUUUGCCACGGAGUGCUUCACAGAAAAUGAAAGCAAUGGAGGCUUCAUUGUCCAAAGCAAGUCGUGCAUACCCUCACUGCUCUCAGAUGGCAACAAAACUUCGUGCCAUGGCUUAUAAUGCUGAAGAACAGAUUCGGGCACAGAAGAAUCAAGAGUCAUAUCUUGUUCAACUUGCUGGAAGGACUACCCCUAAAGGCCUUCACUGCCUCUCCAUGCGGUUGACAGCUGAAUAUUUUUUCCUUCAACCUGAGGAAAGGCAGUUCCCUAACCAACAAAAGUUGAAUGAUCCAGACCUUUAUCACUAUGCUGUAUUCUCUGACAAUAUUUUGGCUUGUGCAGUGGUUGUUAACUCCACAAUUUCCUUUGCAAAGGAACCGGAGAAAAUUGUUUUUCAUGUGGUGACAGAUUCUCUCAACCUCCCUGCAAUUUCAAUGUGGUUUUUAUUAAAUCCUCCCGGGAAAGCUACAAUUCAUAUUCAGAGCAUAGAAAGUUUUGAUUGGUUAGCAACCAGUCAUAGUUCAACAUCAGAAGAACAGAAGUCCAAUGAUCCAAGAUAUACUUCUGUCCUUAACCAUCUUCGGUUCUAUCUGCCAGACAUCUUUCCAGCACUGAAUAAAAUCGUGCUCUUUGAUCACGAUGUGGUAGUGCAAAGAGACUUAACUGAAAUUUGGAGUGUUGACAUGACGGGGAAGGUAAAUGCUGCUGUGGAGACUUGUCUGGAAAGAGAAGCUUCGUAUCGUGCAAUGCAUAUGUUUCUGAACUUGUCAGACCCAUUUUUGCAGAAGAGGUUUGAUGCCAAUGCUUGCACAUGGGCAUUUGGUAUGAAUUUGUUUGAACUCCAAGAAUGGAGAAGAAAGAAUUUAACCGGGCUCUAUCGAGCUUAUGUGCAACUGGGACUUGAGAGGCCAUUGUGGAAAGCGGGAAGCUUGCCCUUGGGUUGGAUUACCUUCUACAACCAGACUGUGGCUUUAGAUAAGAGAUGGCACACACUCGGGCUAGGUUAUAACGCGGGUCUCAGUUCGAGUGAUAUGGAGGAUGCGGCAGUUUUACAUUAUGAUGGGGUCAUGAAACCAUGGUUGGAAAUCGGAAUCGCAAAAUACAAGGGCUAUUGGAGCAAGCAUUUGCAGUAUGACCAACCUUACAUGCAACAAUGCAAUAUCAAUGAGUAAUUGAUGAUCAGAAACAUACAAGUGGGAUUCUUUGAUUCAUUUUUUUUAUAAUCUUGUAGGGCUUGAUUCAAAAUUUACGACGAUAAGAAUCCCGGCGGGGGGGGAUUAGAUAUACUUUAAAAAAAAACCUUUUAAUUUUUAUUUU